CUUCUUGUCAUGAAAAUGGAAAUGAGACUUUUGUUAUACUGAAAUAGUCCACAUCGGACUCAGUUUGAAACUGCCCAGUUGUUGUUGUUGUUGUAUCGUGGAACUCGUUUGAUUGCAAAUGUCGAACUCCAUCAAAAACGUCGCGAUAUUUGGAGCCACGGGAAUGACCGGGCUGGCGACUCUCCCGUUGGCGGUGGCUGCAGGGUACAACGUGACGGUGCUGGUGCGGGACCUCGCCAGGCUGCCCGCCGACCACAAGGCCGCCAGAGUGGUGGUGGGAGAUGUGCUCAACAAAGAGGACGUGAAGAAGACCAUGGAGGGCCAAGACGCUGUUGUCAUCAUCCUGGGCACCAGGAACAACCUGAGCCCGACCACCAUGAUGUCCGAAGGCACCAAGAACAUCCUUGAAGCCAUGAAGGCUCGCGGGAUCAGCAAAGUGGUCGGCUGCAUGUCGGCCUUUCUGCUGUGGGAUCGCUACAAAGUCCCGCCCCGUAUGCUUCCUGUGACAGAGGACCAUGACAGGAUGUACGCAAGGCUGCAGUCAUCGGGGCUGAACUACGUGGCCGUCAUGCCCCCUCACAUUGGUGGUGACCUCCCUCUGACUGAGAGCUACGAGGCGGCGGAGGACAUGAUAAAAGGAAGAGCCAUCUCUAAACACGACCUGGGACACUUCUUCAUCAAGUGUCUGUCCACCUCCGAGUGGGACGGCAAAGCCGUCGGAGUUUGGGGAGAGUACAAAUAAUCAGGAAAGGGGCUUCAGAUCUCUUCCUGGUCGCCAUUUUGAAGAGAAAAUCCAUGUUCACUCUGAGAAUUCUGGAGAUAAAUUAAGAAGUGAUAUAUGUGCAGAUCCAAAUUACCAGCGUGUUUUGAUAAACUGCAAAUGCUUCCCCGUAUUUUCAGACAGAUUUUAUCAUCAGCUUUGACUGUAGCUGUUGACAUGGCCUCACAGCUUUUCUGUCACCACUCUUAUGUAUCGUGACCAUAGAGGUUGAUCAAGUAACCCAAGAGCAGGUAACAAAAUCCCAGAAACUUGCAAUUGUGUCCUUCAAAAUAAAACUAGGAGAGUGAACACAUCAAAUACAAAAUUAGAACUGUUAUUGCGAAGUACAUUACACAUACAAGGAAUGUGUGCAUAACAAAAAAAAACAGUGCGACUGUGGGUCAGUGGUUGGCGGUCCAAUCCCCGCCCUCGUCGAUGUGUCCUUGAGCAAGACACUUAACCUUGAAUUGCUCCCUGUAGCUGUGUAUGAAUGUAACCCGAUUGUAAGUUGCUUUGAAUAAAAGCGUCAGCUAAAUCACUUGUA